AUGCUUACCCCAGCCCAGAAGCGCCGUUGGCCCGAACACCUACCUGAACUGAUCUAUGCUUACAACGUCACACCACAUGCUACCACUGGGUACUCGCCAUACUAUUUACUGUUUGGCGUUAAUCCUCACCUUCCCGUGGAUGCUUUACUCGGUAAGGAGCCUGUAGCAAACUCAAGACAUGAUUGGUUAGUUGUGCAUCAAGAGCGCUUGAGAGAUGCACAUGAGAAAGCCAAAGAAUACACUGAGUGCAAAGCAGCUGAGAGGAUUUCUCCUCUGAAUGAAAAAGUGUACUGUCCGCCCAUUGAUGUGGGUCAGUUGGUUUAUUUGCGCUACAGACCUCUAGGGAGGAACAAAAUUCAGGACUCUUGGGGCCCUACUGUUUAUAAAGUGAUCGAGGUGCAUGGGACUACCUACACCGUGGAGCCAGUAGAGGGUGGUCCUACUAAGAGAGUUAAUCAUGUUGAUUUGCGCAGUUGUGUUAAUUCUGGUCCUCUGUCUGAAGACAAACGAAUAACUUCCCCCCUUGGUGUUUCAUCUGUGAAGGAGUUGGCUUCUGACCCAGUUGAUCCCGAGCUUGCUGAACCAGAGGGUGUAGUACUUGAGCAGGUAACUUAUCCCCAGUUGAGACAGCCCACAGACUUGCUAUCUGAAGGUGUAAAAGUGGUAAAUAAUAACCCCGUGGGGAAUGAGUCAGAACUGGUUCUGGUGCCUGUUCAGAAGGAGUUGAACUCUCCUGAGCCAGAAGGUGUGCCAGAGAUGGUGGAUGUGGGAAUAAAUCCUAGAGGGCCCGAAUCAGAGCUUUCAGAGAAUAGUGUGAUAGUUCACGAUCAUAUCUUCCCUCAUUUUCCUGGUAUGCUGCUGAUGACCUGCAUUUGUGCUGUUUCUCCAGGGUCCCAUGACUGUUUUAAUAUUGAUACCAAAAACUACCGGAUCAUCAAGGGUCCAAAGCAGGCCCAGUUCGGAUACACUGUUCAACAACAUGUUGCUGCCGGGGGAGAGAAGUGGUUACUGGUGGGGGCCCCUUAUGAAAUGAAUGGCCCAUACCAGACAGGUGAUAUUUACAAAUGCUCCGUAAGCAAGCGAACCAAUGGCCACGGCUGUUCCAAGCUCAACCUAGGAAGGAUAUCUCUGACCAAUGUAUCAGAGAGAAAGGACAAGAUGAGGCUGGGAAUGACUUUAACAUCAAACCCCAAAGACAAAAGCUUUGUGGCCUGUGGACCUCUAUGGUCCUAUGAGUGUGGCAGCUCUUACUACAGCACUGGCAUAUGCUCCAGAGUAAACGCAAGCUUCAAGUUCUCCAGAACCAUUGCUCCCGCCUUUCAGAGAUGUGAGACCUAUAUGGACAUAGUGAUCGUUCUCGAUGGUUCCAACUCUAUCUACCCUUGGUAUGAGGUGCAGGCUUUCCUCAUCAAUAUCCUUCAGAAGUUUUAUAUCGGACCCGGACAGAUACAGGUUGGAGUGGUUCAGUAUGGGGAGAAAGUGGUCCAUGAGUUUCAACUUAGUGACUACAAAUCAGUAGAGGAAGUAGUGAAGAGAGCACGUAGUAUUGACCAGCGGGGUGGAGAGGAGACCAACACAGCUCUUGGCAUCAAUAUAGCACGUUCACAGGCAUUCAAACAAGGAGGCCGGCGAGGUGCAAAAAAAGUGAUGAUCGUGAUAACAGAUGGAGAGUCACACGACAGUCCGGAUCUCCAGCAGGCCAUUGAGGAGAGUGAGAGGGAUGGUAUCACUCGCUAUGCUAUUGCUGUCCUUGGCUACUACAACCGUCGAGGAAUCAAUCCUGAGGCCUUCCUCAAUGAAAUCAAAUACAUUGCCAGUGACCCGGAUGACAAACACUUCUUCAAUGUAACGGACGAGUCAGCUUUAAAGGAUAUUGUGGAUGCACUUGGAGAACGCAUCUUCAGUUUGGAAGGGACCAGUAAGAAUGGGACAGCGUUUGGCCUCCAGAUGUCUCAGGCUGGCUUCUCCUCACACAACAUAGAGGAUGGGAUUCUAGUGGGUGCUGUAGGGGCAUAUGAUUGGAACGGGGCAGUGUUGAAGGAAACUCGACAAGGGAAGGUGGUCCCUCCUAAGUCCUCCUACGCUCAUGAGUUCCCUGAAGAGCUCAAAAACCACGGUGCCUACUUGGGUUAUGCUGUUACUUCAGUGGUGUCAGCCAGAAAUGGUCGUCUACUUGUAGCUGGAGCCCCACGCUUUAACCACACAGGCAAAGUCAUCAUCUUCACCCUGAAGAACUCUGGCAACCUUACCAUCCUACAUGCCCUUAAAGGCCAGCAGAUUGGCUCCUACUAUGGCAGUGAGAUUGCACCUCUUGAUAUUGAUGGAGAUGGUGUGACAGACAACCUGCUGGUGGCAGCACCCAUGUUCUUCAGUGGAGGCAUGGAGAAGGGCAAGGUCUACAUAUACAGAGUGACAGAACUGAAUCGCUUCAUCCUUGAGGGGGCAUUGGAAAUCCAUAAUGGCGGACAGAAUGCGCGGUUUGGUUCCUCACUCGCUCCUGUCCCUGACCUCAAUGGGGAUGGCUUCAAUGACUUGGUGGUGGGAGCUCCAUUGGAAGAUGAUCACAAAGGAGCCAUUUACGUCUUCUUCAGCCAGUCCAACAGAAUACUCCGCAAGUAUAAACAGAGGAUAGCAGCAGUAGACUUGGCCCCUGGUCUGCAGUACUUUGGCCGUAGCAUCCAUGGGAGGAUGGACAUGAAUGAGGAUGGUUUAGUGGACUUGGCAGUUGGUUCCCUAGGUGCUGCUGUUCUCCUUUGGUCACGCAGUGUUGUCAGGAUAAACGCCAAUAUCAGGUUUGAGCCCAGCAAGGUUAACAUCUUUGUGAAGGACUGUCAAAGAGGAGGCAAAGACGUGACCUGUAUGUCGGCUAUAGUCUGCCUCAAUGUCACUUUCAAGACAGCCAUUCCUCCUACUCAGGAAGUUGUGAUUAAAUACAAUGUCUCCAUUGCUGAGCGACGCUUCAACCCACGGGCCGUAAUGGACAGCCUUGACAAGCAGCAGCCUCAGAACCUGACCCUGCUACCUGGAGAAGAGACCUGCGAGCACAUCUACUUCCAUGUGAUGGAAACCCCGGACUAUGCAAGGCCUAUAGUGUUUGCUGUACAAGUGGGGCUGCAGGAUUCUGACAGUGGGCCCGUUCUUGAUGAAAGCUGGCCCACUGUUGUAAGAACUGAGCUCCCCUUUUGGAAUGGCUGUGAUGAGGACGACCGCUGUAUACCAGACCUAGCACUGCAGAGUAUGACCGACUUGAUGACUCGAAAUCAGUUCUGUGCGCAGGUUAUCCACUCCCGUACUGCAUUCUGCCGGCACCCCACAGAUGGAGGGAUAGAGGGAUCUGAGCGGAUAAUAGAGGGGAACAGGAGAAGAAUGGUAGUAGAUGUCCGACUGGAGAACAAAGGAGAGAACGCCUAUGGUGCUCGUCUCAAUAUCACCUACACACCCAAUCUACGCUUUUCUAGCCUCAUAGUCAAGGACAAGUCAGACAUUAAGAUAGAGUGCUACAGUGAAGACAGGCUGAGGAAUGAGAGGCUCUGCAAUGUCAGUGCACCGUUUAUGAGGGCCAAAACUCAGGUAUCAUUUCGUGUGGAGUUUGAGUUCAGCCACUCUGUGUUCUUAAAGCACGUAAGGAUCAUCAUGGAGGCCAGCAGUGAUGGGGAGGAGAUGAGCUUGGCGGAUAAUUUCAACGACAUUUAUUACUCACUAAAAUAUGAGGCCGACCUGCUCUUCACAAGGGAUUCUAAUCCGACUCGGUAUGACAUCAAAUCAGACCUGUCACUCGAAGUACCUGGAGUUAUUGGCCCUCCAUUCAACUUCACUUUCCAGAUCCAGAACCUUGGUUUCUUCCCAGUGAAGGAUCUCCAGCUGAACAUUGAAAUCCCUGAAAUGACAAAAAAUGGCAACCAACUCCUGCAGAUUUCAGAAUUCUAUAUUGACCAGACAGACGGUACUCAUUGCAUACCACCUCAGCAUGUGGCACAGAGCCGUGCAUCACCUGAAGACCUCUCUCGCUUCUCACGCCUGAACAAGUCUAACACGCUGACACUUCCAAUCCAAUGUGCUGUCAACUUGGCCCCCUACAGAGAAGUUGGUGUCAGAAUUGCAGGGUUGCUCCGGAUAGAUGCCUUACAUGCACUGAAGUUCAAAAUCCUGGAGCUAGUGACCAGUGCAUCAGUGGAGCUCCCUUCCUCCAGCCCCAUGAUUUUACGUGAAGACAAGCCCGUCAGACAUAUAAUCUUGGAAAUCAGAAAGGAGGGAGAUUACAGGAUUUCCAUCUGGAUUAUCAUAGGCAGCACAUUGGGAGGGUUCUUGCUGUUAGCCCUGCUCAGUCUGGCUCUAUGGAAGCUGGGCUUCUUCCAGAGGCAGAAGAGGAGAGAUGAGGAUGAGCAGGAGGUAAAUGGGAAAGUGGCUGAAGAGCGGUAACGCAGGCGAGGGGUUCCCGCGACACACCUUUUCCACAGGGGAACCGACACUCAGGGACCUUCCCACCUCCAUUCCCGUUCUCCAGCACUACAGUGGCACCGCCGACAGACAGCUACGCCAGACUGCUGAAGCAUGACUUGCUCAGUGCACUGGGUCUGUCCCAAGCCACGACCCCUGACCCCAAUGAGUCAGCACUGUCACACUUAACCCAGCAACGCCUGCACUGUCACAACUCUAGGGCCCUCAUUGUCCAUGUGGUCCAUUGCCCUGGUUGUUAUUCCUCUGCAAACUUUGGAGAUGUUCUUUCUACAGCUUAAGGCUGGAGCGGUUGUACUCUCUCUGGCUUUCUGAAAGAGUGAAAGAGCAAGCUUUGAUUGAUCUAUUCAA